ACAUAUGUAUCAACUAUGGAAGGAAGUGUUGAUUGGUCCAAGAUUGAGAUAGCACCAAUGAAUGAUGAAGAAAUUGAUGUUCCUAUAACAGAAGAGAACAUGUGCUCGGUGCUUGGCAUCAAUGAUGAACCUGAGCAUCGGAAAAUUGUAUCUGAAGCAGCUAUGAAAGCCUCCAUUGCAGAUGUUGAUGCAUGUGUGGCUGAUAUUGAUGAGGAUUUACUUGCUGAUGCGGCUCUUCCUGUGCCUGACCAUAUGCCUGAAGAGGAUCACUUUUGGUAUGAUAAGGAACAUCCUGUGAUAGAGGAAGGAUCUUUGUUUCGUUCAAUGAACGAGAUUAGGAUGCUCAUGAGAACAUUUGCUAUUAGAGGCAAGUUUGACAUCAAGACCAAGGAUAGUGACACUACUAGAUUUGUGGGUCACUGUAAAGGAAAUGCAUGUCCUUGGAGAAUAACUGCUAGGACAAUAGAAGAUGGAAAAACAGUCAGGGUAAACAAGAUAGUAAAGCCUCAUAAGUGUUCAUCAACCGCUGCAGUGAUUACAAGCAUGGCAGACCAAGCAUGGGUGGCAGAAAAGGCAAUGGGGUAUCUUCAAACUGAACCAAACAUUGGUGCCAGCGAGCUCCGAAAAAAGCUACAGGCCGAAUACAAAUGUACUAUUGGGUAUCAUACUGUUGACAAGGGAAAAGAAAGGGCCAAGAAUAGUUUAUAUGGGACCUGGGGAAAAAGCUUUCAGUCAUUAUUGAAUUUCAAAGCUGAGAUUGAUAAAAGAUCUCCUGGUAGCAUUGUCGAGGUUGAUGUCAAGAGGGAAGGAGGUGAAGUGCAUUUCCGCAGAUUUUUUAUGGCACUUAAGCCGUGCAUUGAUGGCUUCUUGGCUGGUUGUAGACCAUAUGUCAGUAUAGACUCCACAUUUUUGACUGGAAAGUGGAAUGGUCAAUUAGCAGCAUGUACAGCACUAGAUGGACAAAAUUGGAUGUUUCCUUUAGCAUUUGGUUUCUUUGGUACGGAGACCGAGGGUAACUGGAUUUGGUUUAUGCAACAACUGCAUAGGGCAAUAGGACAUCUUCAAACUCUAGCUAUUUGUACUGAUGCAUGCAAAGGGUUAGAGAAUGCAGUUAAAAUUGUGUUUCCUCAAGCUGAGCAAAGGGAAUGCUUUAGGCAUCUAAUGGCAAACUUCAAAAAGAAGUUUCACGGAGAUGUUUUUGGUCGCAUGUGGCCAGCAGCCAAGGCUUAUCAUCUGGAAACAUUUAAUUAUCAUAUGGGCAAGAUAUUUGAAGCUGAACCUGCAGUGAGUACCUACUUGUGUACCUAUCAAAACUUAAAGUGGAUGAGAUGUGACUUCAACACAGAAAUAAAAUGUGAUUACAUUCACAACAAUCUAGCUGAGUGCUUCAAUAGCUGGAUCAAAGGAACAAAGGAGAUGCCCAUGGAUGAGCUAGCCGAUGCAAUAAGAGAGAAAAUUAUGAUACUUGUUUAUAGAAGGAGAAGGAUUGGGGAAAUGCUCCAGGGAGAGAUAUUGCCUGCUAUCAUUCAACAAAUAAAUAAUAGAACUAGGCAACUUGACCAUUUGGUUGUUGGAAGAUCAACCGGAGAAAGUUGUGAGGUCAAGGACACUAGCAAGAAUAAUCUUAGGCAUGUUGUGAAGAUAGGCAGCCGUGAGUGCACCUGCCUAGAAUGGCAACACACUGGAAAGCCAUGUGAGCAUGCACUUGCAUUCCUUAUAGAGACGGCAGAUGUGAACUUUCAACCAUAUGUACAUGAGUACUACUCCGUGAGUAGGUUUCGGGCUGCCUAUGCUGGAGAGAUUGAACCAAUCACGGACAAGUCUCAAUGGCCUCAUGUUAAUCUAGAUUUUGAGAUGGUGCCACCGGAUUUAAAGAGCUCCGUUGGGAGACGGAGGAAGCAGAGAAUCAAAAGUUGCCUUGAAGACGGUGGUGGCAGCAAACGGAAGAAAAAAGAUGAUAAUGGCAAAACAAAUGACCAAGAAGGAGGUGACAAAGAGAAGGAAAAGGAAAAGAAGAGAUUUGGCAGCAGAAAUAGGUGCAAAGAAUGUGGGAUAUUGGGGCACAGAAAAGCAACUUGCAAAAAAAAUGAAGCUAAAGAGAGGUAA